GGCGGUUUCAGAUUCUCCGGCCGAGGGGAGCGAAGCGGCUUUCCGCUACCCCGAGGUCCUGCCACGCAGCAGCGCGUUGGGAGCACGCAGCAAAGGUGGGAGGUGCACCAGACCCGACUCCACUCUGAUGGGCUUUGCAGUGGUAUAUUUCCAUUGACGUGCACGGAGUUACUCCUGGUUUACACAGCUUUAACUCAUGAUGCUAUUUCAGUUCUCCAGCUCUAGUGUUCAAAAAUAUUGACAUGCAGUUGAGGACAUUUUUGUCAAUACUUGUCUGAAGUGAGGAAAGGCUGCUGCUUGGUUUAUGACACAUCCUAUAUCUGAAGAACAUUCCUGAUGGCAGGUUCCCUAAAACCAAACCCGAUGUCUGUUCAUGUUGUAGCCUUUGGAAAUGAGAGAGAUGGAUUUUCUGAAGACAAUGAGCAAUCAAGUCUGAUCUGGACCUAUCUUGGGAGAAGUGCUCUCAUUUCAGAGACUGAAAGCAAUUUGCUGCUGAACUCUGCCAACCACACUGGAAACCCUGUGUUCACUGAAUAUCAAGCCUGUGUGUUUGGAAAUGUCAGACUGGUGGUGCAUGACUGUCCCCUUUGGGAUAUUUUUGACAGUGACUGGUACACCUCUCAAAAUCUUAUUGGAGGAGCUGAUAUCAUUGUGAUUAAAUACUCUGUAAAUGACAGAUCUUCAUUUCAAGAAGUAAAGGAUAGUUAUGUUCCAAUGAUAAAAAGAGCAUUAAAUCAUUGUUCAAUUCCAGUCAUAAUUUCUGCUGUUGGCGCAAGAAAAAGCGAAGUACCUUGUACUUGUCCACUGUGCACUUUGGACAGAGGGAGCUGUGUUACUGCUUCUGAAGGGAUUCAACUUGCUAAAGAACUGGGAGCUACUUACCUUGAAUUGCACAGUCUCAGUGAUUUCUAUAUAGGAAAAUAUUUUGGAGGAGUGUUGGAGUAUUUUAUGAUCCAAAGCUUGAAUCAGAAGUCAUCUGAAAAAAUGAAAAGAAAAGAAAGCCACAAGUGCCAUGGAGUUAAACCACCUCAGCUUGAACAGCCAGAAAAAAUGCCAAUCUUAAAAGGUGAAGCCUCGCAUUAUAACUCCGAUUUACAUAACUUGCUGAUCUGCUGCCAGUGUGUGGAUGUGAUAUUUUACUCAGAAGAUUUAAAGGAAGUAGUAGAAGCACACAAGAUUGUUUUGUGCUCUGUAAGCCAUGUCUUCAUGUUACUUUUCAAUGUGAAGAGUCCAGCUGAUAUUCAGGAUUCCUCUAUCAUAAGGACUGCACAGACUCUCUUUGCAGUGAACAACGAGGCUGUGUUUCCAGUUUCUAGCAGAGGUUCACCAUGCGGCCCACCGGUUAGAGUCUUUGUUAAAGACUCUUUCUUCUGUUUUUGUUUGUCAGACAUUCUGCACUUCAUUUAUUCAGGUGCUUUCCAAUGGGAAUUGUUGGAAGAAGAUAUAAAAAAGAAGUUGAAAGACCCAGGAGAAGUUGAGCUUGUGCUUGAGAAAGUUAAAUGUAUCCUGAAAACUCCAGGAAAGGUGAAUAGUUCAAAGAAUUGCAGAUCUCAUCAAACAGCAAGACCCUUGCAGUUAUGUGAUACUUCUCUCAGGCUUUUCUUUAAUACACAUGUGUUAGCUGAUGUCAUCUUCCAGAUACAAGGUGCUACUGUACCAGCCCACAGAGCAGUCCUAGUGGCUCGCUGUGAAGUAAUGGCAGCUAUGUUUAAUGGAAGUUAUAUAGAAGCAAAUAGUUUUCUGGUUCCAGUUUAUGGGGUUUCCAAAGAUACUUUCCUCUCCUUUCUAGAGUAUCUGUAUACUGACUCCUGUUGUCCAGCCAGUAUUUUGCAAGCCAUGUCUCUCUUGAUUUGUGCUGAGAUGUACCAGGUAUCCAGACUCCAGCAUAUCUGUGAGCUUUAUAUCAUCACACAGCUGCAGAGUAUGCCUAGUAGGGAAUUAGCAUCUACAAGUCUUAGCGUUGUCAGCUUGCUCAGAAAAGCCAAGUUUCACAACUCUGACUGCCUUUCAACUUGGCUCCUUCAUUUUAUAGCCACUAACUACCUCAUCUUCAGUCAAAAGCCUGAAUUUCAAGAUCUUUCAGCGGAAGAGCGCAAUUUUGUUGAGAUGCACAGAUGGCCUUCCAGUAUGUACUUGAAACAGCUUGCAGAUUACAGGAAUUACAUCAACUCCCAAAAAUGCCACUGCAUAGUAAUGUAACCAGAAGAUUGAUUAUUCAUAAACUGGAGAAUUACAGGCUGGGAAUUACAUGGAGGCUAUUAAAACUGUAGCAGGGAUGAAAAUAAACAUUUAAGUACGGCUGUACUCUAUAAUUCGCUUGCUAAUACUCUUUUCAUUAAUAAUGAAUUAUUGUGAUGUUUUAAAGGGAUUAAGAAAUACACCAUAGGACAGCAUAAGGAGUUAAUCAAGCCUGGUCUACACUACAAAGUUAGGUUGACAUAAACCGCACGUGCAUGCCUAUACCUAAAUUUGUCUCUGACUGAUGUAAGUGCCCUGUUAACAGCAAUGCAGUAACACUACCUCCCUGAGCAGCAUUAAGCCAUGAUUGAUGUACUGAGGUCGACGCAAUGCAAGUGUAAAUACAGCAUUACGUAUAUGAAUUCUAACAGUCCUCCAGCAGCUGUUCCGCAGUGUCUGACGCUAACCUCUUUGGUCACAAUUGUGAAUGCCAUUGUCCAGAGGUCAUGGACUCUAGAAGGCUCUCCCUCUCUUUUUUUAAAGCCCUGCAAAUUUUUGAAAUGCCUUUUCCUGAUUGUCCAGCUGGAGAGCACACCUAGCAGCUCUCCAUUGUGUGCAACUAUGCAGCUGACUAUGGCGGCUAUAUGUUCCAGACACACUCUAUCUUGGAGUAGACAAGAGAUAUUGGAUCCUCUGGGCCUGUGUGUAGAAGAGGCUGUGUAAGCACAGCUAUGGACCAGCCAUAGAAAAAUGAACAUCUAUGAGCAGAUUGCACAGGGGAUGCAGGAGGAGGAGUAUGACGGGGCCAGCAGCAUCGCUUUGUGAAAGCGAAGGAAUUGGGUCAGCCAUAUCAAGAAGCGAACAAUCAUUCUGGUGCUGACCCGCAGACCUGCCACUUUUACAAAGAGCUGCAUGCCAUAAUUGUCAGAGACCCUUCUGAUAUCCCGCGCAUAAUCAUGGAUACCUUUGAGGAUCCCAAGCCACAGGUCCCUGGUAUGAACAGCUAUGAAGAGGAUGGGGGACAUGCAACCAGGGAGCCAGGACCUGUUUUGAGAUUCCACCGCAGUCCAGUCAGUCCCAGCAGUUGAGCAUGGGUGAGUUCGAUGUAGGGGAAGGAACUUUGGCUGUUGCCAUUGUGGCUCUGAGAGGUUCCCCCCUCUGCACCUGACGAAAGCCUGAGCUGGAUGAGGAGAAGAAAGAGGAGGACUCGGGAUGACAUGUUCAAUGACAUCCUGCAAGCCAGUGUUGCAUGAGACUGUGAGAAAAGGAUCUGGAGGAUGAACAUUACAGACAGCCUGGGGAAGGAAAAAGCAGAGAGGAGAGAGGCACCAAGACAUAAUGGAGCUUCUCCAACAGCAAACCGAGAUGCUGCAGACUCUUGCGGACUUACUUUCAACAAUCUCAGGUUCUCCUCCCUUUUGCAGUCCACGGCAAACUCCAUAACAGCACCUCCCUAUGCUCUCCCAUCCUACAUUCCAUGUGGUAUCAGGGGCUUUAUCCCUAUCCCUCCCACUCCAGCCCAGCAGACAUUAAGGACAACCACAGCCUCACAUAAACUGAUCUGUGAAAUCGAUGGUUUCUGAAUAUGUAGAUUAAUGGAUAAGAAUGUUCUUUCUGCUGGUUUUUCUGUUUAAUUAAUUUAUUUUUAAUGUAUUUGCUUUUAAAUUGCACAGAUUUUUUUGUUGCACUGGUUUUGCUUCUGAAUAACAUUUUAUUAUUUGGAAAAUAAUCUUUUAGUUCACUGCACAUGCUUCAGAGUAUCUAGCAAUUCUGAAAGCACCUCCUUAAUUGUUACUGUACAGUGUGGCACAACUCAUAAGAUCAGUGACAAAGAGCAUAAUAAUCAUAAAUGUACAGCAAGCACAACAAAAUUGAGAGGUGCAUUGACAGUGCUGUAUUCUUAGAUGUACAACACACAAUUCCUAACAGGCCCCAAAACAGCAGGGCCGAGUAGAGCAGAGUACAUCACGCAUUACUGUGGCUCACUGUUAAAGUGCUCUUCAAAGUCUCUCUGAGCUGUAUGGUUUGGUGUUGAGCUCUUCUAAUAGCCCUUGUGUUUGGCUGUUCUAACUCAGCAGACUGCCAGUCCACUCUGGUGGAAACUUUUCCCCCUUUGCUUCCCUGAGAUUAUGCAGAACACAGCAGGCAGCUAUAACCAUUGGGAUGUCUUUUUUUUCCACUGAGAUCCAGUCUUGUGAGUAAACAACACCAGCAUCGCUUCAGUCUUCCAAAAGUGCAUUCAACUGUCUUUCUGCACCUGCUAAGCCAAUAGCAAAAUGUUUCCUUGGUGCUAUUGGGGUGGCCAGUGUACGGCUUCAUGAGCCAGGGGAGCCCAGGGGUAGGCUGUCUCCCAGGAUUGCUAUUAGUAUCUCAACAUCACCAGUGGUAAUCUGCCAGUUGGGAAAGAAAGUCCCUGCUUGUAGCUUUCUGAACAGUCCUGUAUUUUUAAAGAUGCAAGCAUUAUGCACAUUCCUUGAUCAGCCAAAGUUGAUGUCAGUGAGGAGACCCUAGUGAUACACCAAAGCUUGCAUAACUAUAGAAAAGUAGCCCUUUCUGUUGAUGUACUCUGUGGCAAGAUGGGCUUGUGCCAAAAUAGGGAUAUGUAUGCUAUCUUUGCUUCACCACAGUUCAGGAAUGCCAUUAUUGAAAAUCCAGCAUGUCCUGCAUGUUCCUGAGUCACAGUACUGCAUAGCAAGAGAUGUUUAGUGGCCUUGCACUUGCAUGACAGUGGCCCCCAUAGUGGAUUUUCCAACUCCAAAAUGAUUUUUCACUUACCAGUAGCAAUCUGACAUUGCGGAUUUCCACCGUGCAAUCACUACUCUCUUCUCCACCAUCAGUGGAGCUCUCAUUUUGGUGUCCCUGUACUGGAGGGCUGAGGCACACAGAUUCAGGAAUGUGGUCUUACGCAUCUGAAAGUUCUUCAGCCACUGCUUGUCAUCCCAUGCCUACAUUAUGAUGUGAUCCCACCAGUCAGUGCUUGUUUCUUAGUUCCAGAAGUGGUGCUCUACCAUCUGCAGUUUGAACACCAGCAACAACCUUGUAUUUGUUCUUGCUAUGUCCCAGAGCAGUCUGUGCUCCAAGAUACUGUUGUGUUCCCUGCUUAUUUGGUUCAUGUUACGGGUCUGCAAACAUCGGAAUAUCUUGCGUCCUGGCUUGCAACACUUAUGACAGUAGUGCAGAGCUAUGCAAGUGCCAUGCUUCUGUCAGAAAUGGACAGUGAGGAGGGCUGCAUAGGUUCAUGGGGAAAAAGGUAUGAAAAUUAUGGGAUCUAGAUAACCUUAUGGCAUAGAUGAGAUAAAAACAAUUGCAAACUGGCCCCUUACCACCAGUCACUGCGCUUGACGUGUUUCUGCCCCACCAUACAUUGCCAAAACAUCCCAAAAGACGGUGAACUGGACAGUAGGGGAUUGCACUGAGAUACCUACCUAAGCACUUGUGAGUAUGUGUAAUACUUACACAAGGAGCCAAGUAUGCAUACACAUGAAUGAUGUACUAACGCUGGUGGCUUUAUGUUGAUGUAACUUGUGUCAACCAAAGUUUGCAGUGUAGACAUGGUCUCUGUUGUUUAGCUGCAAGCUGUUUUCCCUAAGGAUUCUUUGCUACAGUAGUGGUGGUUUCAACUUCUAGAUGAGAUGUUGAAAACAUUUUAACUUUUGUAAAUCUUUUGUUUAACCUUCUAUGUGAGAUUUUCAAUGAAGUGUAAGGGAGUUCAGUACCCAGUUUUCUUAUGCUCUUUUGAAUAUCUCACCCUACCUGCUUAUUUUAGCCUAGGAUUAUCACACAAUCCUUGUAAUGUAUUUAUGGGCUUUCUAGGUAAAGAAUAUGGUCAAAACAUUGGGGUUAAGUGUAUAACUAACUAUUCCCUGCAUAAGUUUCCCAUACAAUCAUAUGAACUGGUAUUUUCUCUUUAGCUAGGUGCUUAUAUGGCUCCAUCAUUGUACUGUCCGAGCACCUCCUGUGUAUUUAAAAGUUAGAAAUCUAACAAUCUUCCCAACCUGUAGGGAGAAAAAGCUGGUUUAAUUUUUAGGGCAUUUUCUGUUGUUUGGUAAUGUUAUAUAUGUGUGUGUGAAGAAAUUAAGGGGAAGUAAAGGCAAAGAAGAAAUUUGUAUUCAACUGUGAAAGGUAUGAAGUCAACAGUCAUCUUUUUCUGUUGCAGGAGAAAAUUCCAUAGCACAUAAAACUUUUCUGUCUCCCACAGUCAAACUUCCCCCUGUUGGUUGACAGUUAAAUCAUUUUAGCUGACAAGAGGAUCAUAUUCACAAAGGAAGAGGUAGCCAUGGCCAGUUCUAUGAUGAACUUUGACUACCAGAACAAACCUAGAACUCAGCUCUGUUCAAUGGGAAGCCUUUGCAGAGUGGCGAAUCAGCCUAAUGUGUUCAUGGUGACCUGUGUUUCUGAGCAGUUGGGAUGCUCCAUGUUGUAUUAAUUGGAUUGGUUAAGGUUGUGUGGAUUCAUUUUUUGAUAUGAGCCAAAAUAAUUAAUCCUGGAGAUCUUAAAAUAGGAUCACCAUGGUUUUGUGCAAUAUUCUGGUGAGGCAUAGAUGAGUGAGUGGCUUUUUUUAGCUAUUGAUGUAUACACAUUCAAUAGCAUUGAGUUCAAAAGGAGCCCCAGGCUCAGACAACCUUAACAAUUGAAGGAUAGAUGUCUACAAUAGCAGGAAUUUUAUGCAGGAAGCAAGUUCUUCAAAGUGAUUCCUUCUGCCUACUAGCAAAACCACAAUCUUAUUUAGGUUCAGCUUUAGCCAACUAUUCUUGUAUUGUAGGGAGUAGCGUGUGUGGUAUGUCAGUGGCUGGUCCUAGAGGGACAAUGUAAAAAAAGGAAGAUUAAUGAAAAAGUAACUUAGUCCUGAAAACAAAGCAGGAUGAACCAUUUUAAAGGCACCUGCAGAAAAAACUGCUGCCAGGCGAAGGUGAGACCCACCAUAUUAACUAGUACCUAUAGUACUUUUCUGUUAAGAGAGAGGAGGAGUUUUUGUAUCUCUACACACUUAUUCUUUUGGAAAUUACACACUAGAACUUUAGGGGAUUUUCUUUUGGUGCAGUUUUAGAGGUCCAAAUAACAUUUUCUAUUUUGGACAAAAAUAAUGAUACUCUGCUCACUCCAAAUAUCGAAGGUUAGCUCAGUUAAGAAUGUUAAUUAAAUAGUAUUUAUAUAUAUAGCUUUGUGUCUGAAAAUCUAAGAGAGCUUUACAAAUGUGAGCAGCAUUAUUAUCUUUGUUUCACAGGUGAGGAAGACUGAAGCAGAGAGGGGUUGAGAUUUGUUUAAGAUCACAUUGCUAGUUAGUGACAACUAGGAAUAGCACAUUGUCUCCUGCAGGGAAUAAAACAGAUGAGUCUGCUACCAUGGAGAAAAAGAAAUGUUAAAGGUGGAAUAAAAAUGGUCAUACAUUAAAGUGGAAACAAAAUAUGCAUAUAAUUUAAAAAAAAAUGUAAAAAAGAUUUAACUACCUCCUUAUUUCCUAAUGUUUAUAUCUGUUGCAGUAGAAAUUAAAAAUUCUACAUGUAGAUCAGCUGGAUGAAUGACAAAUGUUGAAGUUUUGAAAGCUUAAGGCCAUCAGCAAAAAUGACUACAGAAUUGUAAGUCUCAUUUGCAUGAACAAUUACUUAACAUGCUCUGUCACAGUAUCUGCACCUACAAAUGGCCAGUUUAAUCAUUUAACUAGUGUUUGUAUGCACAAAUACUAAAUUCAUGUGUGCAGUCAUGGUACUUACAUAUACAAAUUGUGUGUGUGAAUGUUUGCCCAUAUUGCAUGUGGCCCUAAGUUUUUAAUAUUUUGAAAAUCUGAUUUGCUACACUAGAAUUUCUUGCCAAUAACUCAAUGUAGUGGGAUAUUUAUUUUCAUGAAGGAGAUUUCAUAAAUCCUUUUCCCCAUUAAUAGCUUAAAAUACGGUAAAAUGGAAAUAUGGACCAUUUCUGUGGACCAGAUAAUAUUUUAUGGUAUUGUAUAUUUAUUUUUAGUCUUGUGUUAAUCAUCCACAAACACUUUAUAUAGUGAGGCCAAGAAAUGUGAGGAGACAUUUAUCCAUAGAUUUGUAACUUGCUAAUUACUCAAACAUAAAAUAUCUUUCGAUUCUUCACAGGUGUCUUUAUUAUGUUACCUAUAUCAGGUGGAAACACUAGGUCAAACCCAGAAUGAUGUGAUAAUUUGAGAAAAUUAGUGAUUUCUCCACACAAACAGAACAACAAACGGAUGCUUUUCUUUAGAAAUGUGCUUUUCAAAUUUAAAAUCUAUGGCUUAAAUAUAGGUUUUGCUAACAAUAUCUCGUUACUUAGGUACAAUUCAGAAAUCCAUACAUGAUAUUCAGAAGUUAGUCAAAGCACCACUGAGUUUGAUAUGUAUAAUAACAACUUUACAUGUAUAAUAUUUUUCCAUUGGUUUAAAUUAAAAAUUAGGAAGUUCCUGAAAAUUUGAUUCAAACAGUUAAAAGAUCUGGAAAUAUUAAAAUAGCAUAGGAAAGGAAAACUAGAAAAUUAGUUUAGGAAAAAAACUCUUUGGGCUUUGUAUAGGCAAUCAAGUCUAUCUUUAAGAGAGCUGUUCUGCUAAUAACUUUCACUUUUCUUCUGAAGUAGGAUUAUCACCUCUUAUCAGUUUAAUAUAUGGUAUAGGAUCUAUUCUUUUAUAACUGCUUUGAAUGCAUAUUGAGAGACUAGACCUCUACCUUAUUAGCGAAUCCUGUUAACAUUGUUACACACCUUUUUUCCAUGUUUUGUUUAUGAUACAUGUACACUUACAUUAAGCCAGUAUGGAGGCUUAUAUUGAGGCUAACUUAGGAAGCCUUCUGUCUUAAGAAACAUUAAUUUCCACAGGACAGAGUGUCUCUGCUGUAGUCUUUAGAUCUUGGUGAACAAGGUAACAAAAAAGUUUAGGAGAAAAUAACUUAUUUUACCGAGGCAUGUGCUGAAAUUCAGCUUUUAAUAUUUUCAUAAGUUAUGGAAUGGUAUUGUCUCUUCGACUAAAAUUUAAAAUAUCUAGAUUUAGUAUUUAACACUUCGUAACAAAACAAUAAACAUUUUUACUGCAUCUCAAUUUCAUGUGAUUAUUUACCCAUUUUUGUUUGAACAGUGUGCUGGGAAGAGUUAAACAGCAAAACUGUAAUUCAUGUACUGGUAGAUAAAGUGAGGGUAAGCAAUAUUGUUCUGCUUUUGUAGUGUUCCAGAGCCCAAAUUAGAAUUAGGACCCCACUGAACUAUCAUUGUGCUUCGUUUGACAAUAAACCUGGCUGAACUGCCUUCGUACCUUA